UUUCACUGUGGAGCCUGAGCUUGCCGCGCCUGCCUGGGAGAAACCCUGAGCGGUGCCCUGACUCCUCCUGUCCAGCAGGGGGCGCCGGCCCCGGCCGCUCCCGCAUGCGCAGUGCGCUAAGUGUCAGACGCCGAGCCGGGUGGCCGGCGCAGCACUCCUCGCUCGUUCGCGCAGCCCUGGCGCCCACCGUGGCGGCUGGCGACUCGCCGCGAUCCCAUCCCGGCUGCCGUGGCCCGCGCCCUGCGGCAUGAGCCGGUGACCGAGCGCGGGGCCGAGCGGGAGGCAGCCGUGGCCGAGGAGCGUGAGGAAGAGGCUGUCUGUGUCAUUAUGUGUGCGUCAGUCAAAUACAAUAUCCGGGGUCCUGCCCUCAUCCCAAGGAUGAAGACCAAACACCGAAUCUAUUACAUCACCCUCUUCUCUGUUGUCCUCCUGGGCCUCAUCGCCACUGGCAUGUUUCAGUUCUGGCCUCAUUCCAUCGAAGCCUCAAAUGACUGGAGUGUGGAGAAGCGCAGUGUCCGAGACGUGCCAGUGGUCAGGCUGCCAGCCGAUAGUCCCAUCCCCGAGCGGGGUGAUCUCAGUUGCAGAAUGCACACAUGUUUUGAUGUCUACCGCUGUGGCUUCAACCCAAAGAACAAAAUCAAGGUGUAUAUCUACUCUCUGAAAAAGUACGUGGAUGACUCUGGCAUCCCAGUCAGCAACACCAUCUCCCGGGAGUAUAAUGAACUACUCACGGCUAUCUCAGACAGUGACUACUAUACUGACGACAUCACCCGGGCCUGCCUGUUUGUCCCCUCCAUCGAUGUGCUGAACCAGAACACGCUCCGCAUUAAGGAGACAGCACAAGCACUGGCCCAGCUCUCUAGGUGGGAUCGAGGUACAAACCACCUGCUAUUCAAUAUGUUGCCUGGAGGUCCCCCAGAUUAUAACACGGCUCUGGAUGUCCCCAGAGACAGGGCUCUGUUGGCUGGUGGUGGCUUUUCUACGUGGACUUACCGGCAAGGCUACGAUGUCAGCAUUCCUGUCUAUAGUUCGCUGUCAGCUGAGGUGGACCUUCCAGAGAAAGGACCAGGUCCUCGGCGGUAUUUCCUCCUGUCAUCUCAGCUGGCUCUCCAUCCUGAGUUCCGAGAGGAGCUGGGAGCCCUCCAGGCCAAACACGGAGAGUCAGUGUUAGUGCUAGACAAAUGCACCAACCUGUCCGAGGACGUCCUCCCCGUUCGGAAGCGCUGCCACCAGCACCGGGUCUUCGAGUACCCCCAGGUGCUGCAGGAGGCUACUUUCUGUGUGGUCCUUCGUGGAGCUCGGCUGGGCCAGGCGGUAUUGAGUGACGUAUUACGGGCUGGUUGUGUCCCAGUUGUCAUCGCAGACUCCUAUAUUUUGCCUUUCUCCGAAGUACUUGACUGGAAGAGAGCAUCUGUGGUUGUGCCCGAAGAAAAGAUGGCAGAUGUAUUCAGUAUUUUGCAGAGCAUCCCCCAAAGACAGAUUGAAGAAAUGCAGAGACAGGCACGGUGGUUCUGGGAAGCAUACUUCCAGUCAAUUAAAGCCAUUGCCCUCGCCACCCUGCAGAUUAUCAAUGACCGGAUCUACCCAUAUGCUGCCAUCUCCUAUGAAGAAUGGAAUGACCCUCCAACCGUGAAGUGGAGUAGUGUGAGCAACCCACUCUUCCUCCCCCUGAUCCCACCACAGUCUCAAGGUUUCACUGCCAUUGUCCUCACCUACGACCGAGUGGAGAGUCUCUUUCGGGUCAUCACUGAACUGUCCAAGGUGCCCAGUCUAUCCAAGCUGCUAGUCGUCUGGAAUAAUCAGAAUAAAAGCCCUCCAGAAGAGUCUCUCUGGCCCAAAAUCCGGGUUCCAUUAAAAGUGGUGAGGACGGCUGAAAACAAGUUGAGUAACCGUUUCUUCCCUUACAACGAAAUUGAGACAGAGGCUGUCCUGGCCAUUGAUGAUGAUAUCAUUAUGCUGACCUCUGAUGAGCUGCAGUUUGGUUAUGAGGUCUGGCGGGAAUUUCCUGACCGGUUAGUGGGUUAUCCAGGUCGUCUGCAUCUCUGGGACCAUGAGAUGAGUAAGUGGAAGUAUGAGUCUGAAUGGACUAAUGAGGUGUCCAUGGUGCUCACGGGAGCAGCUUUUUAUCACAAGUACUUUAAUUACCUGUAUACCUACAAAAUGCCUGGGGAUAUCAAGAACUGGGUGGAUGCUCAUAUGAACUGUGAAGACAUUGCCAUGAAUUUCCUGGUGGCUAAUGUCACGGGGAAAGCUGUCAUCAAGGUGACACCGCGAAAGAAAUUCAAGUGUCCUGAGUGCACAGCCAUCGAUGGGCUUUCCCUCGACCAGACACACAUGGUGGAGAGGUCUGAGUGCAUCAACAAGUUUGCUUCAGUCUUUGGGACAAUGCCCCUAAAGGUGGUGGAGCACCGAGCUGACCCCGUCCUGUACAAAGACGACUUUCCUGAGAAACUGAAGAGCUUCCCCAACAUUGGCAGCUUGUAAGGCUGCCGCGGGUGGAGGUCUGAACGUUGAGCGUGGACAGAGGAAGAGGAGACGGCCUCUCCGGCACAUCUGAGGUCAGGGUGGGGACUUCAGAGUGGAAGAUGGACAUAUCGCAUCUUCGCAUGUACGCCCCAACCUACUUUGUCCAGAAUGGGAACCUCGGGAGGAUGCCGAGGCACCUUGAGCUCGGCGUCCUCUGUCCUGGGCUUCUGUGAUCUCCGGUGGCUUCUCUCUGAAGAUGCUGAACAGAAGCCUUGGUGACAGGCUCCGGGUUUACGUGCAGCUCAGGCUCCUGUUUCCAGUUCCGACAGGACCGUCUGAAAGGAACUUCGUGGACUGGGAGACUGCUGAGGAAAGAAACCUACCCACGCAUUUUAGAUUUGUGGAUGUGUGGAGGACCUGUUUUCUUACGUUUAGUUAUUUCAAAUCAGUGAGUUCUUCGGAGGAAAAGCGAAGCCCAGAAUUUGGUGCAGAACCCAAACACCGUAGUGGGAUUUGACAUGUCAGGUGGGGCAAGUCAGUUUACAGUUGUUCAUGUGGGAAAUAGCACAGUAUUAAUACACAAGAAUGACUCUGCUGCACCCACGGCUGCAGACCUGCCCUCGUCCCGCCCGCGUGUCUGGGACCUGGGCGCUGGGCUCGGGCGAGGAGAGUGGCUGCUGCACUGGGAUCCUGGAAGCCCCACCCGCUGUCCCUGUGGUUUGCUCUUUGCUCUGAUUAAAAUGAUUUUUUAUUCCUUUUUC